GCCCGCCACUUCCUCACCGCGUCAUCUUGUCGCAGCCUAUUUUCUUGUCCACCAUUUAUUACCACCAAGAGUCUUGGUUUCCCCUGAUCGUAUCCUCCCUUGCACCCUUGAGGCGGACUCGUGCUGAGUCGCUUGUCUACUUCCGCUGCUCCCAAGAAAGGGACAAGAAAGAUUUUUCUUGGCAAUGUCGGAACCCCAAGACACCACCACGGCCCCUUCGACGACGGCCGCUCCCAUGCCUGCCUCGACCUCCCAGGACUCUCCCUCCACCCAGCAACCUGCCCAGGUAUCCUCAGCGACGGCGGCUUCUGCGGCCGCGACCGCGGCAGCUGCCUCGGCUGCCGUGGCAAAUCCCCCCAUGAACGGCACGACGACUCGUCCCUCUGAGGAGUUGUCCUGUCUCUGGCAGGGCUGCACUGAGAAGUGCCCGUCUCCUGAAGCCCUCUAUGAACAUGUGUGUGAGCGUCACGUCGGUCGCAAGAGCACCAACAACCUCAACCUGACCUGCCAAUGGGGCAGCUGUCGCACCACUACCGUCAAGCGCGACCACAUCACCUCUCAUAUUCGUGUGCAUGUUCCGCUUAAGCCACACAAGUGUGAUUUCUGCGGGAAAGCGUUCAAGCGUCCCCAGGAUCUGAAGAAACACGUCAAGACCCAUGCUGACGAUUCGGUCCUGGUCCGGUCGCCGGAGCCCGGCGCCCGGAAUCCGGACAUGAUGUUUGGGGGAGGUGCCAAGGGCUAUGCGACCGCGACGCACUACUUUGAGCCCGCGUUGAACCCUGUCCCCAGCCAGGGUUAUGCCCAUGGCGCUCCCCAGUAUUACCAGUCUCACGCCCCCCCACAGCCGGCGAACCCGUCCUACGGCAAUGUCUACUACGCCCUGAACCAUGGCCCAGAGGCCACCCACGCAUCAUAUGAGUCGAAGAAGCGCGGCUACGACGCCCUGAACGAAUUCUUUGGCGACCUGAAACGGCGCCAGUUCGAUCCCAACUCCUAUGCCGCCGUGGGGCAGCGCCUGAUCGGCUUGCAGAGUCUAUCACUUCCCGUGUUGAGCAGUGGUCCUCUGCCUGAAUACCAGCCGAUGCCUGCGCCGGUGGCCGUGGGUGGUGGCGGAUACAGCCCCGGAGGUGCUCCCUCCGCACCCGCCUAUCACCUGCCGCCCAUGAGUAACGUGCGGACCAAGAACGAUCUGAUCAAUAUCGACCAGUUCCUGCAGCAGAUGCAGGACACCAUCUACGAGAAUGACGACAAUGUGGCGGCUGCCGGUGUCGCCCAGCCUGGGGCCCAUUAUGUCCACGGCGGCAUGAGCUACCGCACCACCCACUCGCCUCCCACCCAGCUACCCCCCAGUCAUGCGACAGCCACUACGUCUGGAGCGUCGAUGAUGCCCAACCCGGCCACCCACUCUCCCUCUACAGGCACUCCGGCGCUCACGCCGCCCUCAAGUGCCCAGUCGUACACGUCUGGUCGCUCACCCAUCUCCCUGCCUUCGGCGGCGCGGGUCUCGCCGCCUCACCAUGAAGGAGGCAGCAUGUACCCGCGUCUUCCAUCCGCUACCAUGGCCGACAGCAUGGCGUCCGUGUACCCGCCCGCCUCGAGUGCUGCACCGCCCUCGACUCUUGGCGGCAUCUUCGACCACGACGAUCGUCGCCGCUACACGGGUGGCACGCUGCAGCGCGCUCGUCCGGAGACCCGUCAGUUGAGUGAGGAGAUGGAUCUAUCUCAGGAUGGCAAGGCCGACGGCGAGCGGACUCCUACGGCCAAGGAGCAUUCGACGUCGACCUCACCUGAUCGCAUCUCCGCCAGCUUGAUUGACCCUGCUCUGUCGGGCACUGCAGCGGAAGCGGAGGCGACUCUGCGGACCGCCCAGGCGGCGACGGAGGUGGCGGAGCGGGCGGAUGUGCAGUGGGUGGAGAAGGUGCGGCUGAUCGAGUACUUGCGGAACUACAUUGCAUCCCGGCUGGAACGGGGCGAGUUCGAGAACGAGCUGGGCGGGGGCAGCAGCAGCAGCAGCAGCAGCAACAGCGGCGAGCGCACUCCGGAGGCUAACACAGAUACCCCCAUGGAAGGGGUAGAAAGUGAGACGCCGGACAAGACGGAGGAGCCGGCCGUGAAGCCGGAGGCGGGUGAUGUGGUGAUGUACCCGACGCUGCGGGCGGUGGAUGAAGACGGUGAUUCGAAAAUGCCUUGACUGGUCCGGCUGGAUUCUUUCCCUUCUCCUCUCUAAGCUUGUCUUUAAUU